AAUCACACUUAUGAUCAAGAUGGACUGCAGGAGAAUGACAAGAUAACUUCUCUGCCCGGCCAGCCAAAAGAUGUAACUUUUGCACAGUAUUCAGGCUAUGUGACAGUAGAUGCACAGGCGGGCAGAGCUCUCUUCUACUAUUUUGCAGAGGCUACACAAGACCCAUCUACUAAGCCUCUCCUCCUCUGGCUCAAUGGAGGGCCUGGAUGCUCAUCGUUUGGAGUGGGAGCAAUGACUGAGCUUGGACCCUUCGUUGUUCAGCCUGAUAACGCCACUCUCUCUAGUAAUCCCUAUGCGUGGAAUCAAGUGGCGAACACAUUGUUUUUGGAAUCACCUGCUGGAGUUGGAUUUUCAUACUCCAACACCACUUCUGAUUAUGAUAACGCCAAUGAUAACAACACUGCUCGGGAUACGUACAUGUUUCUACUGAAUUGGCUUGAGAGGUUUCCGCAGUAUAAGAACAGAGAAUUCUAUAUCGCAGGGGAAAGCUACGCUGGCUUUUAUAUCCCUGAAUUGGCAGACACUAUUCUUAAGAAUAAUAACUCUCGUACAUCGAUUAUAAAUCUUAAAGGAGUUAUGAUUGGAAAUGGAAUAAUCAACUUUGAGACAGAUGAUUGCGGGAUGGUUGACUAUCUAUGGUCACAUGCAUUAAUAUCAGAUGAAGAUUAUGCAUAUUAUCGUUGUAUUGCAUCUAAUUCAAGUUAUGGAACUCAAAGUCACAAAGUUCGCUCUCAAUCGGAGUCAUAUAGGGGAGAGAUAAAUAUCUAUAAUAUAUAUGCACCUCUUUGUCCUUCCCAUCCCGAUCCCAUAUGGAGACUUUCUACUUUCAGAUCUUCAGCUUUGGCGGAUGCUGCCCCUACGAAUGGAUUAGAUGGAUUUGAUCCAUGUAGUCCUGGGUAUGUACUCACCUACCUUAACACACCUAAAGUGCAAAGUGCUCUUCAUGCAAAUAUAACAAGCUUACCUUAUGCAUGGUCAGAAUGCAGUAAUGUGCUCACAUACAAUGGCAUAAAUGUGACAACUAUGUUACCAAUUUAUCAAAGAAUGAUGGCAGCGGGAUUGAGAAUACUAGUCUACAGUGGAGAUAUAGAUGGAAGGGUACCAGUGACUAGUACAAGAUACUCAAUUAAUGCAUUGAAUCUUCCAAUUGAGAAAGCAUGGUAUCCAUGGAUGGAUGGAGAUAUUGAUGUAGGGGGUUAUAGUGUAAUUUACAAAGGAUUGAUAUUUGCAACACUUAGUCAGCAUCAAGUUUUCUCAGAAUUUUUGGAGAAAAGGAGCUCUACUGUGGGAAGACAGACACAAGAAUGGACGCCUCCUCCCAUUAACUUCAAUCACACUUAUGAUCAAGAUGGACUGCAGGAGAAUGACAAGAUAACUUCGCUGCCCGGCCAGCCAGAUGUAACUUUUGCACAGUAUUCGGGCUAUGUGACAAUAGAUGCACAGGUGGGCAGAGCUCUGUUCUACUAUUUUGCAGAGGCUGCCCAAGACCCAUCUACUAAGCCUCUCCUCCUCUGGCUCAAUGGAGCGCCUGGAUGCUCAUCAUUUGGAGUGGGAGCAAUGUUGGAGCUUGGACCCUUCCGCGUUCAGCCUGAUAACGCCACUCUUUCUAGUAAUCCGUAUGCGUGGAAUCAAAUGACGAACACAUUGCUUUUGGAAUCACCUGCUGGAGUUGGGUUUUCAUACUCCAACACCACUUCUGAUUUUGAUUAUAAGGCCAAUGAUUACAACACUGCUCGGGAUACGUACAUGUUUCUACUGAAAUGGCUUGAGAGGUUUCCGCAGUAUAGGAACAGAGAAUUCUAUAUCGCAGGGGAAAGCUACGCUGGAUUUUAUAUCCCUGAAUUGGCAGACACUAUUCUUAAGAAUAAUAACUCUCCUACAUCGAUUAUAAAUCUCAAAGGAGUUAUGAUUGGAAAUGGAAUAAUCAAUUCUGAGACAGAUGGUUGCGGGAUGGUUGACUAUCUAUGGUCACAUGCAUUAAUAUCAGAUGAAGAUUAUCCCCAAGAAUGGACGCCUCCUUCCAUUAACUUCGAUCACAUUUACGCUCAAGAUGGUUUGCAGGAGAAUGACAAGAUAACUUCUCUGCCCGGCCAGCCACCAAAUGUAACUUUUGCACAGUAUUCGGGAUAUGUCACGGUGGAUUCAAAGGCUGGCAGAGCUCUCUUUUACUAUUUUGCAGAAGCUGCCCAAGACCCAUCUACUAAGCCUCUCCUACUUUGGCUCAAUGGAGGGCCUGGAUGCUCAUCUUUUGGAGUGGGAGCAAUGACUGAGCUUGGACCCUUCCGCGUUCAGCCUGAUAACGCCACUCUUUCUAGUAAUCCCUAUGCGUGGAACCAAGUGGCAAACACCUUGUUUUUGGAAUCGCCUGCUGGGGUUGGAUUUUCAUACUCCAACACCACCUCUGAUUAUAGAAAUGGCACUGACGAUAACACUGCUCGAGAUUCGUACAUGUUUCUACUGAAUUGGUUUGAAAGGUUUCCGCAGUAUAAGAACAGAGAAUUCUAUAUCGCAGGGGAAAGCUACGCUGGGUUUUAUAUCCCUGAAUUGGCAUACACGAUUCUUAAGAAUAACAACUCUCAGACAUCUUUUAUAAAUCUCAAAGGAGUUAUGAUUGGGAAUGGAAGAAUAGAUUAUGGCCUAGAUAAUUGUGGAAUGGUCGACUAUCAAUGGUCACAUGCAUUGAUGUCAGAUGAAGACUAUGCAAAUCAGCGUUGCAAAUCAUCUGAUUCAAACUACCAAACUUAUAGUAGCACUUUUGACUUUCAGUCAAAACAAACCAGCGACGACAUAAAUGUCUAUAAUAUUUAUGCACCACUUUGCCCUUCCCAUCCCGACGCCAUAUGGGUAUCUUCUACUUCAACUGAGACUACCCCAACAAAUGGAUUAGAUGGAUUUGAUCCAUGUAGUCCUGGUUAUGUACUUACCUACCUUAACACACCUAAAGUGCAAAGUGCUCUUCAUGCCAAUGUGACAAGCUUGCCUUAUACAUGGGAUGAAUGCAGCGGAGAUGUGGAUGCAAAGGUGCCAGUAACUAGUACAAGAUAUUCCAUUAAUGCAUUAAAUCUUCCAAUAGAGAAACCAUGGUACCCAUGGAUGGAUGGAGAUAUUGACGUGGCGGGUUAUAGUGUAAUUUACAAAGGUUUAACAUUUGCAACUGUCAGAGGAGCAGGGCAUCAAGAGAUGGUUCUCAUUCCUUGGGAUAUUUGGGCAGAUGUGGAGGACGCAGGGAUGGAUGUCGAGUACAGUGCAUUUUGGGCAGAGAUUCUGUUUCCACGGCUGAUAGAUCCAGGAGAGCUGAUAGAGGGUGAUGGAGGGGAUGGUGGAGAUGAUAGUGGGGAUGGUGCAGGCAAAGGCAGACGGUGGAGGCUCAGGAGACAACUGAGGGACACUGGGCGAGAGAGGGAUAAGGUUAUUCAGCGCUACAUGGAGGCUGAGGAGGCACUAAGGGCAGGGAGACGAGGAGCAGAGGACAUUGGGGUCGAAAAUGCCUAUGUUCUAUGA